AUGGGAACGAAUCCCCGAUAUUUCAGCUCUCAAGGUCGACCGAGUCACCUGGGUAACACAUCUCAACAAUCGUGGCAUAUGCUGCUGGAUAGACAGCUCUUUGGAUGCAUUUUGAACCACAAGGAGUCAAACACCGAUGUUGAGACCGAUGAACCUUCCAAUAAUGAAGAGAGAAUUUCCGUGGUGGAUCGCAGUGAACGAGAAGUUCGAAUGGUUAACCCAACAAUGAAGAUAUGA